GCUCGUCAAACCAGUAUUUUAUUCAAAAAAAUCAUAGCUGGAGCGAGGUGAAUAUCCUACCGUACCUACUGGUACUCCCAUUUAGGUGUAGGUCUUCCAAGAGUACUCCCAUUUAGGUGUAGGUCUUCCAAGAAGUCUACUAAGCGUUCCGGGUUCGUUUGUCGCGUUCUUCUGUUGUUUUUGGCUAAAUCUUUCUGGUUUUUCUUUUUCUGUUUGGUCGCCAAAGGUUGUACUGUAUUUGUAUAUUUCACUCGCGCCGUCGUGUUGGGACAGCACUCUUGCAGGACGAGUUGAACAAGUUGUUGUUCCUCUCGCUCCUUCCGUCUUGUCGCGCGUUCCAACUAAAUUUUUUUUUGUUCGUCGGACACGGACUCAACCAGAACCUCGCGGCGCUGGUUGUAUCCAUUUCGCCCCACUUUCCCCGCCGUCGACGUCGAGACCAGAAACAAGAAUGCCAGGCAAGAGAAGGCCGCGUCGGGGCAGCCCAGGACCAGACACGUGGUUGCGCAUAUCACAAAAUUGCAGAAUCUCGCAACGAGCUGCGGUCCACGUAGUGUCGCGUUGUGCGCACGAGGAGAAAAAUUCUACGACUGUACAGGCGGUUUAUUGUCGUCUUCCACUUUUUAUUUUUUUUUUUAUCUUUUAUCUUUAUUGCGUUUGCGGCUAACUUCCAUCGCUGGCAGUCACAGUUCUUGAGCUUGAUGCUUGCUGUAAUUCAGCGCCCGGGCGCUGUGCCCUGCCCUCGUUGAGAAGAGGGAGAGAGAGACAGAGACAAAUCAUACACAUUCAUACAGGAGCAGCACUACGAACAACCGGCACCGGUUCCCAACAUGAAGGAGGAGAAGCUGUUUCUUCCGCUACCCCUACCCGCCGACACACUGGAAAUCGAGACUCCGUUAACAUUACCAAUCCCGCUCGAUUACCGAAGAAGAGCAAAAGCGCUGGGUCAUAUUUGGACAAAGGCAAAUACUACACACGGGCUCUUUUAUAAUUUGUGAAGUAGAGACAGAGACUGCCGGUUGAGCCUUCGGACAAGUUGUAGACCAUCGUACCACAGACUCAGACAUGUUGACUAAAAACGGUGCGUACUGUACUUAUAUAUUCCUUUGGUUCUAAUAUGACACCAACGUGUUUGGGGUUGAUACUGAUCUCGACCGUUCUCCAAUUUUUUUAACCGUGUCGUUGGGCGGACCACUGUACGACUCCACAGCAACCACGGCUACGAGUGGGGCCUGCUUCUACGCGGAUAGCAGUACUCCUGGGUCGCCGCGCGGGGAGCAGUACUCCGGGGACUGACUCCAACAAGUGAUCGACGGGGAGUGCUUCUAGAGCACACGAGGCUCCAUCGAGAUCAGCGGUCAGAUGAAGAACAAGGAAACCGAAACUCUUUUACGAAAUAGUACGCCUGUCUUUUGUCUAAACACACCCACACGGAAAAAUGGCGAAACAAUUCCGAGCAAUUUUCUACUUGAAUGAAAAUGAUUCCAACAUAAA